AUGAUUAUCAACUGGGCGCAUUUUAUAAUUCCUAAAAUUUCUCUAAUUUUAACUUUUAUCACAAACCCCGUAUUUGUGUAUCUUAUCCAUACCGAGAAAUCUUUUCAAUUUGGAAGCUAUAAACACCUUUUAUUAUUUUUCGCAAUUUUCAACUUGAUCGCUGCCAUUUUUGAUAUUUUAGUACCGAUUUACGUCUUCACUUAUAGAUAUUCUGCUGUAUUUUUUAUAGUGGAGGGUCCGUUUUUUGAGAAAUCCCGAAUCGGAGAAUACCUUGUUGCUGGCCGUUGCGCUGUUAUUGGUUCCACCUAUGGAGUCCUAAAUUCUCAUUUUGUUUAUCGAUUUUUGUCCCUGAAAAAUCAUCACUUCGUAACCGAGUACUUUAAUCCUUACGGUUUGAUUUUAUCAGCAGUCUGGGUCCUUUUCCACUAUUUAUCCUGGUCUGUAAUAGCCGAUCAUACAAUGCUACCCGACUUGGAAUCCCGGAACUAUGCGAGAGAAUCAUUUGAAAAGGUUUAUGGGAAUAUGGAAAAUCUCAGUAUGAAGAUUGCAACCUAUUCGGAGGUCUCUUCCGAAGUAAUGCUUCGCUCAUGGUUGGGAACCCUUUGGGUGACAAUUUUAUCAUCUUAUUCUAUUAUUUUAUAUUUUGUGCUGGGUUACAAGAUAAUGACCAGUUUAAGCCACGGAUUGGACUAUAUGAGUGCACGGACCCUUCAAAUGCAGAGAAGAUUGUUUUGGGCGUUGGCCAUUCAAACAGUUAUUCCAAUUGUUGUCAGUUUUAUGCCAACUGUUUUUGUACUGUAUGGAGCCGCAUUUGGUUUUGACGUUUUUGGGUGGAUAAAUUGGGUGUCCGCAAUUGCUAUAACAUUUUUCCCAUUUCUGGAUCCACUGGCUAUCACAAUGUGCCUUCCAGCUCUGAGGCAUCGGAUAUUUUAUAAGCAUAAAAUUGCUAAUUUGACUCCGAAUUUGUCGAAUCGAAUCAUUUAUAGUAGUUCAAACAGAUUAUGA